AUGCAAGGAUUGAAUAAUUCUAAUUUUUAUCCAGAAUUAGACGAUUGGAACAAGAAAGCCCAUCGGCUUGUAGAAGAUAUUGAAUGUACAAUCAAUGGGUUUUCAGAUUUAUUAAGCCAAUCUUCAAGAAGAAACAAAGAGAAUAUUGUACCGAAUUGUAAAAAUCAUCCAAUCAAAGCAUCCCAUUCAUUGAACGAGCAAUCUUUAUUAGAGCAAUCUACAAAAUCAGACCCAUUCACGGUCAAGAGAAUUAUAAGAGCAGGAAUUGCAUACUUGAAAAAUUCAUCUCCAAGGCCUUUAACGGAUUCCUCUGAAUGCAUUCUUUCUAAUUCUUAUAUCUCAGAACCUUCUUUACCAUUCAGCUUCCAGCCAAUCAAAGUAACAGUUAGGCGGAAAAAUACUGAUUCUAAAGAAAGCAAAGGAUUAAAAAAGAGAUCUAAAUCAGCAAAAAGAUCUAAUAUUGAAAAUAAAGAUAAACCUUUGGGUUCUAAAAGGAAAGAAAAUAAAUCAAAAAUGCCACAGAAGAGAGGAAGAAGUCUUGAUAGCUCCAAGGCUUCAAUAAAGCCUUUAAGGAGUAAGAGUGCAAAGAGAUCUUAA